CCUUUCAUACGCGUCUUGGAAGUCAAUGUUAAAAGUGACUGAGACAAAUUCAUAUCAAUUAAUGUUUACAUUUUGUAUAUUUUUAGAUGAUUACAUACUUUAUUAAAUAAAAAUGGUGAAUCGUACGUUUUUGGUGUGGAUUCUAUGGAUAUAUAUUCUGCAAUCCAUCCAUUGUCAGAACGAUAAUCAAUAUAAGAAUUUGAACAGAAAAAUUACCGUGGCUCAGAAAGCGCUCGAGAGGGAAAUAAAAGACUUAAAAUCUGACUUUAUUGAGCUUCAAUUUGACGUUGAACUACUUUCACUUGGUGGAAAUUUGUCGAAUAAUGAUUACAAUUUCGGCACCAGAGGAAAGAUUUCCGGUAUUAGCCAGUCGGACAUUGAUGAUCUGAAGUCAACGUCACAGGAGCAAGGUCAACGCCUUGUCACUCUCUCCAAUGACUACAGCGAAUUGCAAAAAUGGCUUGAAGAAAUCAAGGGGACAAUUAAAGAGAUUCAGGAAAAUGCAAGUGAAACGAACAAUGAAGAGUUAAAGAAACAUAUGAAGAAAGAACUGUUAGAAGAAUUGAAAACUGUAUUCGAAGAAAAGUGUGAAGCUAGAGUCGAAGCUGUUAACAAGAAAUUCAAAACGACAACGGCUGUUUUGAAAAGAGCAUUUAAAGAAAUGAAAGAAGAAAUUGUUCGUCAACAAGACAACAUGCCUGUGGGAUUGGACAAGAUAAAUGAACUCAUCGACAACAAAAUGAUGGAUACGGCUAAAACCGUUGGAACAUUUAAUGCACGAAUGGACAGUAUUGAAGCAACAGUUCAAGACAUACAGGAUACGGAUAACAGGUUAAAUCAGACUGUACUGCUGUUGCAUCAGGAUGUCGGUGAAACAAGGAAUACGUGUAGAAGUCUUGAAGCAGCGAUGAAAGCCGCACCUCGCGCUGUUGCGAUCACUACUGCGCAACCGAAAGACGCAAUAAAAACGCGCAUGUACCGGGGUUACACUAUACUAGAUUUGGACGGUGAAGAGAUUACCAACCACAUUGAUGUUGGGUCUCGAGUCAUUCAAGGGAAAGAUUGGGGAUGGGGAAACCAGGACGGUGGUGGGGCCGGCACGGUCGACUCGUGGUACGGAGGCACUCGGCUGCACAAACAAGUGAUGAUAACGUGGGACGGCGGCAAAACCGGAAGAGCAAACUACCGGGUCGGCGCGUACGGGAAAUACGACCUGUACAUAUUGGCGGAAGGACAGUAGGCUGAGGAUUUGCAUAUUCUUGAAGGAAAGAAUAAGUGAUAAACUAUUUGCUGGGCCAUAGCAGUGGUAGAUUUAAACAGUAUUAGUGGUCAACAUUUUCUUUUGUCGAAUGAGAAGGCAAUAUUUCUCAAGUUUUCCAAUACAUUUAUUUCAGUAAGUCAGCAGUCAGCCUUUUUUAUUUUAACCAUAAACAGCGAUAUAUAACUUGAGAAAUACUGCGUUCUCAUUCGACAAAAUAAUUGUUCAAGCAUGCAUGGAAACCAGUCAUACCAGACUGCUGACAAAAUCAGACCGCAGAUUUUUAUAUUUACAUUCAAAAAUGAUGUUUUAUGCAUUUUUUCUUAAACCGUUAGUCCACAAUUUAUUGUUCAAAAUUUUAUAUUCUAUUUGGCAGGUAGUUUACACAAGAAAAUGUUGACCACUAAAAAUGUAAAUGUUUGUUAGUAGGUUCUUGCACAAAAUGGAUGGUUAUGAGACUGCGCCUCAUCAAACCAUUUAUUUUUAUAAGUACAUACUUACAAGCUUUAACCAUUACAUAGUCAUUGGACGCUAUAACACCGUAUUAUUUCUAAAUGCAUUCUUUACAUUACAUGUAAUGGUUCAAAAUUGUUGGUAUAUACUUACAAAAAUAAAUGAUCUGGUGCGUCGCAGUCUCAUCAUUUAUGUUGUUAAAGGACAUACAUUUUUGUACUUACAUUAUUUCAGUUAUUCAUGGGUCUACAUUAUAUUGUGUAAACCAUCUAUUUACUGGGUCAGCCACUGUGCAUAACUACCGCUUCACCUGAUUUUAAUCAAUAAUGACUAACUGCUGAUUUUUUUAAACAAACGUUUUAGAAAACUUGUGUCCUUCUCCGUUGAUAUAAUGUUGAGCACUAAGGUUUAACAAAUUUUGAGGAAAUUUAAUAAUUAUUCAGGGAAGGAACUCUUUCAAAUGUUUACAUCAGUUUACAUGCAGUUAUUUUAUUUGAAUGGCUUCGCAUUUCCAUGAAGAAUUGUGUAGAUGUUAAAUGUUUAAUAUCCAUUGUGACAACUUGAAAUUCAACCCCGCUUAAACGCUGAACGAGAGUGUUUUAUAAAUGUGUUUUAUCUAUUACGUAUUGUAAAAUAAUGCUCUUUCAUUCGCAAUCGAUCGCUUUUUCAUGGUUCGAUUUUAAUUCAAAACUAUUUUGUGAGUAUGUGAGUUGAAUCAUCGUAGUGUACCCAUGUAGUUUGAUGGAAGUAAAGUGAAUAUGAAUUA